ACCAACACUCUCACUGUUGUUCUGCACCCAUACAUUCUUUUGUUAUCUUCUAUAGUCACUCUUUAAGACUACACUAUCGUUAAUACCACACGACAGUCCCGCUCUUCUACACACCACACUCCACGCCACCUAACAAACAACAAUAAACCACCACUACAACACCAAUAACCCCACCUUUUUAAUAAACUGCAAAUAUGCUCGGCAGUACCGUCUUCGCUGCUGUGUUCUUCGCACUCGCUCAGUUCGCUGUCGCUUCUCCCCCCGGCUGCCUCCUCGGCGCCGUCAACCAGUUCAAGGACCCAUCGGACGUCAAGACCGUGUGCAGUGCCAAGGACCUGAGCGAGAAGGUUUCUGGUAUUUGUGGUGGCGACGCGCAGGCUGCUAUGGAAGCGCUUGCGGAUAUCUGCAAUAACGCUGGUGUCAAGCUCUCAUCCACCGACAUCAAGUCCGGCUACGUUUCCGCUUCCGCCGUCGCCUCUGCUUACAUCUCCGCCGGCACCGCUGGCUCCACCCUCGUCGCCAUGUACCCGACUGGCGGCAGCUACAGCUCCGGCGGCAACAGCACCGUCCCCAUGGCCACCGGUGGACCCAAGCCUACUGCUGCCGCCACGCCCUCCGGUAAUGCCCCUGAGGCUACUGGUGCUGCCGGCAAGGUUGAAUUCGGACUCGCCGCUGUUGUUGCUGGUAUGAUGGUUGCAGUUUUGUGAGAACGUGAGAGCAUGAUACACAAAAUGGGGCUUUGACUGGCAUUGGUAUUGGGUUCGGUUUGGUUUGAGAGGGGUGUCUAAAAUAAAAUGGAAAAAGGAUGUGUUUGGGAGCAGAUAUGCUGGUGCUGUGUGUGCGGUAUAGAUUGAUGAUGUGUAGGGUGUACUAACGUGUCGGUUAUAUAUUUGGAAUGCUUAGAAUCUUGCAUAUAUAGACACCUAGACGCUUAUUGC